AUGGGAAGUGGAAAACCAAGAGGUAUAAGAGCUGGAAGAAAGCUUUCACGACAUAGAAAAGAUUAAAGAUGGGCUGAUAAUGAUUAUAACAAAAGAUUAUUGGGUUCAAGAUGGAAAAAUCCUUUUAUGGGAGCUUCUCAUGCUAAAGGUUUAGUAACUGAAAAAAUUGGUAUAGAAUCUAAAUAACCAAACUCUGCUGUUAGAAAAUGUGUAAGAGUUUUACUAAGAAAAAAUUCUAAAAAAAUUGCAGCCUUUGUUCCUUGGGAUGGUUGUCUUAAUUUUUUAGCUGAAAACGACGAAGUGUUGGUAGCAGGUUUGGGAAGAUAAGGUCAUGCUGUCGGAGAUAUUCCGGGUGUUAGAUUUAAAGUUGUUUCUGUUAAAGGAAUAUCACUUAUAUCCUUAUUUAGAGGAAAAAAAUAAAAAUGAAUUUUUCAUUAUUUUUAAAUUAUUUAUAAAAUUCUUUUAAAAUUAUCUAUAUUUUUAAAAGUAAAAUGUAUUUUUAUAUUUAAAUUUAUCAAAAUAUUUUAUU